AUGCAUGUGCUUGUGUCUGCAAACUUGUCUCGAAUUGAAAAUCUCACUCCAGCCAGCUGACCAAAGCUGGCAACCCUGGGAAGUCCAUCUAAUUUUGUACCCCAUACAAUAUGCUGAGAUUUAAAAUGUACUUUUGCCAGGGACAUCUGAUCAGAACCUACUAUUUUUAUCCAUGGAAAAGGAUUUUUAAAAGUGUCUGGGGUAACCGCGUGGCCUCCAUAUCAGCAGGGGGCAGCACAUGUAGCCCGGAAGGCUCGAAACUCGGACCUAUUCAAGACAGGCAUGGCGUCCCGAAAGCGAAGCGCGGUGUGGCUGUACUACCAACCUGCUGAAGACGCCAGCAAGGUGGUCUGCAUGAUAUGCCUGGAUGCCAUCCAGCAUUGCGGCAACACCAGCAACAUGCUGAAGCACUUGCGCUCGAAGCACCACGCCGAGUACGCCGACGUGGAGGCGAAGAAGAAGGCGGAGGUGCGCACCCCGCGGGCGGCCGCGCACGCCGUGCCCGCAGCCUCCACAGCAGCCGCCGCGUACCCAGGAAUGCUGACGAUUGUGGUAGAUGACUCGGAAAAGAUACAAAUAAAAAGUGAGGAUGACACAACCGGGACAAUCAGUGGCACCCAUAACGGACCCUCCCAUUCCUCUGUCUCAGAGCCCAAGAAGGAGGGAGCCGUAUGGGCGUAUUAUCAGAAAGGGCACGAGGGGAAUUCUGCCCUCUGCCUGCUGUGCUCGGAAAAUGUCCUGUAUCGGCGAAACGAGAGCCAGCUGCACAAGCAUUUACGCAAACGGCAUCCCAAUGAAUACAAUGGCUUAGGAGGCGGAGCCUCGUUGGUGGGCUGGGAGGAACCGGCGACAGAAUCCAUGGUGCACUGCUCCCUGAGACGGCCAUCUUUGCAAGAUGAAGCUUGUGGCAUCGGUGGAAGGUUCCCCGAUAUCCUCGAGGUAAUAACGCUAGGGCAGUCAGAGCAGGAGCAGAUAAGGAGAGCCUUGGAACAGGAGGCCAGGGCACUGCAGAGAGAGAGGGAGCUGACGGAGCAACUGAGGAGAGCGCAGGAACAGGCGGCGCGAGCUCUGGAGCAGCAGAGGGAGCUGACGGAGCAGCUGCAGAGGGCCCUGGAGCAGGAGAUGAAGAGAGCAAGAGAGCAGGAGGCCCAGGCUCUGGAGCGUGAGAGGCAGGCCAUCGAGCAGCUGAGGAGGGCCCAGGAGCAGGAGGGCCGGGCCAUACGGACAGAAAGGGAGGCGCUGGAGAAGCUGCGCAGGGAUCUGGAGCAGGAGCGAUCAGCAUUACGGAGGCGGGAACGAGAAUGUGAAGGAGCGGGCGGCGGCCGAGGACGGACGACACUGGGGACACAGACCGACGACGCUGACCCAGAGGAGGCGCUAUUGUGAAGGUGGAGGAGCGCGGCUAGUGCUGAGACCGCCGGCGUGCGAGGGAGAUGCGGGCAGGGGAUCGGGGUGAUUGAAGUCACAUGACCCUGGAGGUGCCCAGCCUGCCUCCCUAUUGGCUCGUUUGUCACCACAUCGGAAACGUUGGGUGGCCUGCUUUUGGAUCCAGCCUGCCUGUGCUGCGACAUAAACAUGGGGGUCCAUUCACUCAUGUUCAGCCCUCAUCGAGUCUAGGGCCCAUAUCACUGGUUCCAGUUUCUCUAUAGGAUACGCAGGACUGGACUAUGAGACCCAGUUGGCCAGUGCCCGUAAUUCUGCGAGAUCCACUGUGUAAACACGGCUCUGGGGUCGGGUGCUGAAGGAAGCAGCUGGAAGAAGCGUGACCCCAAUGUUCCGGACAGUUCUUCCAAGAGGCCUUCACUUGCGUCACAAAAUCCCACACUGUGGCUUAUGUAGGAAUGCGUUAAGAAAAAAUAGUCAUGGAAAUAUCAGAAGUCAUGUUUUAGAAAGAACAAAAUGGUGAAAGAUCUUUACUAUUGGUCAUAAUUGAUAAACUUCUGUUUGUACCAGUUACAAUUUCAUAAUACGAUGCUUUAAUCCAUCAGUUGUUAGAGAAGCAAAAACACCGUUUAAACAGUUACCAAGCCCUAUAUACACCUGGCAUCUUUUUAAAAUUCCCAUUCAGUCACUGUAACCUUAAUGCCCACUGCUGCCGAUUUCCGCUGUGUGACGUUCCAUUCCCUGUCGCAUCUGCAGGACCGCUGGGUGGAACAUCAGCUCCUUUAAAGCACUGAUCCUCUUUUUAGAACGAUUACAGGAUCCUACCUUCCGGUGAUCUGUUCUUUCUUCUGCGGGUUAUGACUCAUGCUGCCUCAGUGUUUUUGCAGUUGUAUCUGGGAGACAGGAUGUUUAUAUCCUGAAAUACACAAAUCUGUAAUGUUUUGUAAAGAGUAAAUUAUGAAAUGUACAAACCAGGGGGGUGUUUUCCGUACGUGGAUUACUCGUUUAGCCGGAUGUAAUUGUUGACGAUUUGGCAUGAUCCUGGGAUCUGUCGGUUUCCCGAAACACUUGCUAGGAUAUGUUGUCAUAGCAGCACAUCCAAAUCCUCAAACCUGCUCGGGGCAGGUUUGUUCUGUGUAGACAAGGAUUAGCUCACACACUAGAAAGGUGCGCGCCCUUCCUUUCGUCAUUUUGUUGUACCCUAUCAAAUAUUUGCUGAUCAAGUUUUCUAGACUGGAUAUAUAAGAGCUUUUCCAUCAGGGAGGGCACGUGCCAUCACCUCGGAUGGAUGGAUCCAGCUCGAUUUAAUCUACUACACAGCUGCUUUUGAAAAACCGACUUAUCCCGAAUGAGUUUCACCGGCAUUAACUCAUCCAAGAUGUGGCAUCUGAUCUCGGAUGAUUUAAGCGACGUACGGAAAACCCCCCCUGGUGUCAAGCAUAGGGAAUGCUUACCUUCCAUCUCUGGGACAGAAUUCUGUAACUGUUGAAAAAAAAUCAUUAAUAUACCUUGAUGCUGGAUAGAGCCAAUGACUGUUAACACUUCUUUAAUCUCUUCCCACCCCCAUCUGAAGAGUUGCUGUUUGUUCUGUAACAGUUUUCCCUUUCAACUUGCAACAUGCAAAUAUGAAAUUUUCCCUCAAGGGGGCGCCCUUGUCCACAUGCCUGACUCUCUUAAGGACUGUGGCGUGACUUAACUCUCCAGCCAAAUGCUGUUUAUUCUGACCCACUUGUGGUCUUGUAGCUGUCUUGUCAAAAGCACUGUACUCACUCUACUUGAAUAUGCAAGCAUGUGAUAUUGGGAUCUUCCCUGCCAUAAAAAUGUGAGGUUUACAUUUUCAGAUUUAAUGGUACAUUUUCCAGUUUAUGUCCUGUGUCUCCAUUUAAUGUGCGGUGCGGUUAACUUAUUGUUUUUAUUCACUUUUGAAUGUAUAUAAAUGUUUUAUAGCCGAGUUAAAUUAUCCACAUAAGUGAGUGGAUUUCGGAAAAAUCACAUUUUGAAAAUGUCCCAUAGAAUCCUUUAUGACUCGUGUCUUUAUAAUCUGGUCAUACAAUUAAAAUGCUACUUGAAUAUG